ACCGGGCAAUACCAGCAUUUGAGAUGACCUACACUUGUAGUUAUUAAAUGUCUCUCCGUUGUGUUAUUGUAUCACACUAAAAGCAUGAGUAAAUACAUUUUACCUGUUUCGGUAGUUGGAACUGUUAUUGGUGUCAGCGUAUUGUUGAGGGAUCAUGUUACCGGGGGUGGUUGUCCUAGUAAAGCGAAGAUUAAAGGCAAGACUGUGGUAAUUACAGGAGCUAAUACUGGCAUAGGGAAGGAGACUGCCCGCGACCUGGCCGAGAGAGGGGGCCGGAUCAUCAUGGGCUGCCGGGACGAGGAGAAGUGUGAGGCGGCGGCCCGCGAGAUCCGGAGGGACACCUGCAACCACCACGUGUACGCGCGUAGGCUCGACCUGGCCUCCAUGGCGUCCAUCCGGGAGUUCGCCAGUAGGGUGAACCAGGAGGAGGAGCGAGUGGACAUACUGAUAAACAACGCGGGGGUGAUGAGGUGUCCAGCCUGGAGGACGGAGAAUGGCUUUGAAAUGCAGUUUGGUGUCAAUCAUUUAGGUCACUUCCUGCUGACGAACCUUCUGCUGGACAAGCUGAAGAGCUCGGCCCCGAGCCGCAUCAUCAACCUGUCCUCUCUGGCCCACAUCGUGGGAGAAAUGGAUUUUGAUGACCUCAACUGGGAAAAGAAGAAGUACGACACUAAGAAAGCCUACUGCCAAAGCAAGCUUGCCAACGUGCUGUUCACCAGGGAACUCGCCGGAAGGCUGCAAGGCACCGGGGUCACCGUGAAUGCGCUGCACCCGGGGGUGGUGGCCACAGACCUGGGGCGGCACACGGGCAUGCACCAAUCCCAGUUCUCCAGCACGAUCCUUGGUCCAAUGUUCUACCUGCUGGUGAAGACACCGGUGCAGGGGGCCCAGCCCAGCGUCUUCUUGGCUGUGGCGGAGGAACUGGAGGGCGUUACGGGCAGGUACUUCGACGUGCUGAAGGAGAAGGAUCCAGCACCUCAAGCCCAGGACCGGGAGGCGGCCGGCAGGCUGUGGGAGGCCAGCGCCCGGCUGGUGGGCCUGAGUCCGGACGCGAUGGUCGGCUCUGUCCCAGCGCGGAAGUGAGUGGGGUGGUGCUGACGACGCCCCCUGGUGGAUUCUGUACCACUUCGCACUGAUGUUCAAGUAAGCCUUCUACCUCAUCAGACCUGAAACCCACCCAUUCAUUGUCAGCUGCCUGAGCUUUUUUUUUGAUUAUCUGCUGUGGGUUUGUGACUUAGACAGGCAUGAAUAACAUCUGCUAAUCUUGGAGCUGGCAGGAGUGGAGUUUUUGUCAAUGUCUUCAUGAAUCCUGGUUCCUGGUUGUUCAGCAAUCUGUCUCACUAAAAUCUGAAAUACUGUUUAUGAGAGACUGUGAGAAUACAUUUUAAAGCCUAUACUUUUCCUUUUAAAAUACUGCAGAAUAGCGAAUCUGGUUUAUUUGGUAUAUGCUAAACCAGUUUAAACCUGAAAAAAUGCCAUUCAGAUAUUCACACUACAUUCACAAAGCCUUUGGUCUGGCAAAACUUAUUUAUUAUAAGAUUCUAAAUUUACACACACACACACACACACACACACGCAAAGCAAGGUAAGGCAGCAUUGCUUUGAGGCUAAUGGCAUUAUUCUCAGGAAUUAGUAUAAGAGAAUCUGAUUAUGCUGCUGUUAAUUGUAUAUGUGCAUUUAAAUCAUCCUGGCCGUCGUUGUUUUUGUUGUUUUUGAAAUUCAUGUUCUAUGAAAUUCAUUCCUAAUAAAAUUUUG